UUUUCCACAACAAUAACAAAGAGAGCAGUUGAGACCUCGGAGAAGAAACGAAAAGGAACUGAACGUGAAACUACGAGCUAAACGGUCCAUAAACUUCUUCCGGGAAGAACUGUAUUUAUAUAUCUGUAUAUAUCUCACGGCAAAUAAUCUACCUCAACCACUUGAACUGAUCUGUUUUUGUUCUUGAAGUCAACCCUCUUCCUGUUUACAUUACUUUUUGCCGCAGGGCCUGUUUUUGCACAAUCAACAAGAGCUAUGGCUGAACUUCAUCAGGUGUUCCUCGGCUGAGAAGGAGUAACUAAUGCACUUUAGCACCUUUACCAAGAUCUCAGUGAGCGGCUCCCGCAGCUGAUGACCAAAGAGCAAGGCCCUCACCCACUUCCAGCAGGACUCUCCAGCCUCACGCCUCUGCCCCAGACAACACCAUGUUCCAGAGGUUCACCAGCGUCUUGUUUGGAGACAGUGGAUGUCCUGUGGAUCCAGACUUCAAUGAGAAAGAGGAGGAGGAUGAGUGGAUUCUGGUCGAUUAUCUAGCGAAGGCCUGUUCCGGUGCGUGUGGAGAUGAUCUGGUGGAGGUGUGCUCUGACGAUGUCGCUCCCCUGGACACCCCCGUGCGCUGCCCUUCCUGCUCCUCUCUGGAUUCAGUGGCAGACACUGAUGCAGAGGAUGGCGACUUCUUACGUCUAGAGGCGACAUGUGGGCUAGAAGAAAGCUGGUUCAUCACUCCUCCGCCGUGUUUCAUGGCUGGAGGCAGAGCUCCGGUCCUGCUGGAGACCAGUCCUCUGGAGAACCUACUGAUUGAGCAUCCCAGCAUGUCCGUGUACGCCGUUCAAAGCCCUCGUCAACGACCUGCCAAGGACAGCACCCAUGAGCCAUCCAUUUUAAGAUCUGAUGUUCAGCGCCGGCCCAGUCACCCUUCUGGCUGCUACACAGCUGCUCUUGUUGCUGCUCACGCCGGGUUUCUGGAGCAGACCAAGAACAGCCGCUUGGCACAGCGCAUCCGUGACAAGGUGGAGCGCCAGCAGCUGUCUCGCAAUGCCCUCCGUCGCCUCAACCUGCUGCGCGACGGAGGAGCCAGACAGGCCAAAGCCACUGGAGGCUAUAUUCACCAGCCGGGACAGAGGCAGUACAACUACUGAGGCAGUCCCCACUUCUCUCCCCUGUACGCUACCCCUUCCACACUGGGAGAACUGGUCUUUCGCCAGAAGGAAUGGAGUCCUUUAGAAUCAAUGCCAUAGGUCACUUUACUUCACGGCAGGUUCCACUCGACCUGAAUGUGUCUGCAUCGUGUUUCCUUUAUAAGCUAUAUCUUAUAGGUUCUGUUUUAUGUUAUGUGUCUUGAAGGUUGAAUAACCAAGUAUUUUGUUAUAGUGAGCAUGAUGUUGUAGUGCUCUGUUUGAGCAUUUGUAGGCAGCUUGGCACUUUCAAUGCCUUUAACUUGUCUCUGCUUUUUUUAUUUUAUUUAAAGCCAUACUACGUUUGAUCACAUCGGUGAUGAAAUCAUCAGCAGCACUUUUCUGGUUAGGAGGGAACCUGCCUGUGAUUUUGUAGAUCAGUACUUUCUUCCUCUUUGAUUUUUUUUUUCUCUCUUUAAAAAAAGAAAGGUAAAAUAUACUGGGUUUAUUAUCACUAAAAGCCUUGUAUCCAUAGUAGAUUUCAAAAUAUGUAAAAUAUAUUUAAAAAAACUUGCAAAAUAUUUUAAAAAUUAAAAAUAUAGAAUAUAUUACAUAUCAGUAUGAAGUUGAUAAGAGUGUAUGUUAUCUGCAUAGAUAUUUAUGUAGGUUUUCUAUUUUUAGAGUGACUUUAGUGACUGGUUUGAUGUAUGACUGUGUAGAGCUAAUUUUCCAACAGGUGAAAAAUCAACAAAAAAAAGACAUUGUGUUGUAAUGUUUAUUUUCAUGUUUGCUAUAUAUCUGCAGUACAUGUCUCAGGGUCAUCACUGUUCACCUUUGCUCUUUGCUAAAAAUGCAGAUUACUUGCAGACAGUAAAUUGUCUCCGUUCAUACUGGAGAACCUCUAACUUUAUCAGUGUGUAUGUUACCUUGUGGAAAUAUUUGUAAUUGAUGUAAAUCUUUAACAUAAUGUGUGUCUCACACUUCGAAUGAAAGCUUGCUCCUCCGAGGACUGUGAAAACAACACUUUCUCUUAAUUGACUGUUAAAACCUUUUACAAUGAAGUGAAACUGUUAGCAUUUUAAAAAAAAAUGUUAUAUAUAUUUUUAGUUUUCUCACUUGUAGUAACCUUUUGUGUUACAUGCCUUUUCAUGUUUUAUUUGACUAGUUACAUGAUAUAUUUACUGAGCGAAAUAUGUAAAGUAGCAAAAAACUUCUAAUUCUUUGUAGGUUUUGUUUGUUACUCUUUAUUCCUUUACCACGUGCAACCUUUUGUUGUAAUUUUCCGGUGACACUGCCCAGGUAAAUGUCUCCCCUAAAUGAAUGAAACUGAAUUCAGUAACUCUGACAUUCAGUCGAAUGCAUAUUUCAUGCAUGAGCAACUCAAGGAUAACACCUACAGCUUGUUUUGUUUGUAUAAUUUUUUUGGCUUGCUGCAUUCUGUGUUGAGCAGUAUAUUGCAUUUUCUGACAUUUUUCUCUGUGGACGAAGGGAAUGGAAGGGACAUAAGAUUCUCUUCAUAUUCCUCGAGUAGUACUGGAGGUCUUUCCCUAUGUCAGUAGACGCCUGAUAUUUGGUAUUCAUAACAGGGAUUUCAUUUUGCCUUGAAUUGCGUUUGGGGAUCAUGUGCCUUCCAGGUGAACAGUAUGACAAUGCAUCCGUGAAGAACUUGAACUUUGUCCAAAGGGACACAAACAAAUGUAAUUUUACUAUGCACAGAGGAUUACCUUGUCUCUGUGAGCCACUUGCUCGCUCUGUCAACUUUUACAUGAAAUUUAGCAAAUUUUUUUCUGUGUUAAAUGUGUGAAGAAAAUUCUCUGUGGCAUUGGUAAGUUUUAGACUAUGCUUUAGUUGCGGUUUUUUGUCGCUUUUUUUUUUCUUGUUUUACUGGAAUAAUACAGCACUUUGCCAAAAGUGUAGGGUUUUAGGAUUAUUUAGCAUUGUAUAUUUAUGUUUUUCUUGAACUGAUAUGUUUUGGAUACGUCAUACACAGACUGUUUUAUAUGAGUAGUGUAAUUUGCAAAUAAAUUUUUCAUUUCAUAUGUCUCAAAACCAACUGUUUGUCAUUAUGUAUACUCCCUUCUCAAUAAAUGUUUUAAUACAAAA